AUGAGCUGCCGCUCAGGUUUGAAAUGGCUCCGUUACACCUUGACACCAAUACAACAAAACCUACUACUGAAAAACAGCACUGGAAUCGCCUGGCGAGAUAGACCAGCGAUCCUAACCAACGACAUCCAAGGAGCAUUCAAUUGUGUCGAUCACCUACUCCUCGCGGAAAUCAUGCACCAACAAAAAUUCCCCACCUAUCUGACAGAAUGGUGCAAGGAAUUCAACACCGGCAGAAAACUACAGUUCCAAUUCAAUCACGAGCUAGAGGAACCACAGCCCUAUGAUUCUGGAGUGCCGCAAGGUAGCCCCAUGUCUCCGGUACUAUUCAUGAUCUAUGCCGGAGUAAUUCUGGACCCAACUAGCAGCCCAAAAGAGAUGGACACAACUUACAUUGAUGACGAUGCGCUGGUGCAAAUAUCCAAAACACCAGGCUUUACAAUCAAGAGAAUGGAGGAACGAAUGAGAGAAAGACUAAUUAAAGCUGAGCCACUCCAAAUUAAAUACGACCCGGAUAAAUCCGAUCUGAUCUUCUUCCGGCCCACCACAUCAUCCACACAACAACCACGACUUCCAGUCAAAAUAGAUCCGACCCUCUCCUUCCGGCCCCACAUCGAAGCAGCAAUCGCAAAAGGCCUAAAAGCCCUCCACCAAAUCCGAAACACCGCCCGCCUGCCAGGGAUAACAGUCAAGACAGUUCACCACCUAAUAACACAAGGCUUCCUUCCAAGCCUGCUCUACGGAUCUGAGGCUUGGUGGACUGGCGCAGACCAUGUUAUUAGAUCGCUCGAACCACUAUACAACGAAGCUGCCCGGAUCAUCACGGGCCUACCUCGAUGGACCAAGAGAGCUAAACUCCUUCGAGAAGCAGGACUACCCCCCCUAGAACACCUCCUAACAUAUCGCUCAAGAAAGUACGGAACCAGAAUACUCUGCACCGAGGCAACCCACCCCAACAAUGAAUCCCUGAUCGAGCUCCUCCCAUACAGAGAAGCAAACAUCAAAGGGACAGGUCUACACCGAAUCGCCUCCCUCCUACUCCCAUACCAAACCCCCGGAAAUGCGAGAGACAAUUGGAAUCAAAACAAACUACUACGCUGUUACGGGCAUGCCAAGUAUUUACGGGAGUGA